AUGACAUGGAUCAUGCCUAACCACUCUUCUCUCGUGAGCGAGUUCAUCUUUGUUGGGUUUUCUGAAUUGCCACAGAUGCGGACCCUCCUCUUUGUGCUGGUUCUCUUCAUGUACACUGCCUCCCUGGCUGGAAAUGCCAUAAUCACCACCGUGAUCAAAUUAAAUGCCACCCUCCAUACACCCAUGUACUACUUCUUGAUCAACUUAUCCCUGUUAGAAAUAUGCUACACAACUGCCAUUGUUCCCAAGAUGCUGGCAAGCCUGAUAUCAAAGAAUGGCAAGAUCUCAUUCUGGGGAUGUGCCACCCAAAUGUACUUCUUCACCCUCUUCGGGAUCACAGAAUGCUGUCUCCUUGCGGCUAUGGCCUAUGACCGCUUUGUGGCCCUAUGUAAGCCAUUGCGCUACAAUGAAAUCAUGAACCGGAGGGUCUGUGUCCAGCUUUCCAUGGUCUCAUGGUCAGUAGGAGUGAUGGUGGGUUUAGGCCAAACCAACUAUGUUUUUAGCCUGACAUAUUGUGGGCCCAACAGGAUCAAUCACUUCUUUUGUGAUAUCCCACCCCUCCUGACACUAGCUUGUGGUGACAUCUCAAUGAAUGCCAUUGCUGUAUACAUGGUGGCUGUGCUUUUCAUCACUCUACCUUUCCUUCUGAUCAUCACAUCCUAUGUAUACAUCAUCCUCUCCAUUCUGAGGAUGCCAUCAGCCGAGGGUAGGCGCAAAGCCUUCUCCACCUGCUCUUCACACCUCAUUGUGGUUUCCCUAUUCUAUGGUUCUGGCAUCAUCACAUAUCUUCGGCCAAAAUCCAGCUACUCAGCAGAGAGUGACAAACUGCUGGCCUUGUUCUAUACAGUUGUGACAUCUAUGUUGAACCCUAUAAUCUACAGUUUAAGGAACAAAGAGGUCAAAGUUGCUCUGAAGAGAAUAAUGAGAAACAAACUAUAUGUUAGAGAAUGCAACAAAUGCUUAUUGUUAUAA